ACUUUAACAUAGCGUUGUCUACCCAACAUUAGACACACGGCUUGUACAGCAUGGCUGCUAUACGGUUCCGUGCAGUGGACAUUUUAUUUUAUUUUGUGCUGCUUGAAGUUUUGUACAUUGGAAAUGACGCUGCCGAGGAUGGCAUAAAACUAACGAAAUCUGACGGGACGGGUGAAAUGCCAGAAGAAACAGAGGGUAUGAUUCGCCUUAACCCUCCGACGAUGGACGACGAGGAACAGAAUAGCCCACAUAUGCCCCAUGCUUUACGUUGUGAUGGAUGCCGUGCGAUUGCUUACCAGCUUUCCUUCGAGUUCUUCAGACGACACAAGGCAAGACUUAAGAUGAAAAGACUGCCCGAGUCUGAUGUCAUGGAGAUUGUGGAGAGAGUAUGCAACAGUCGUUUUGACAAUUAUGGUCUGAAGGCAGUGGAUGGUGUAAACAGACUAUCAGGACCUGGCCUGGAGACAGAGAAGAGCCCAGGAAUGAUGCAGGGAGGGGGAAGGUGGCCUCUCAGGUUUCAGAAUAUGUGCAAUGCUUAUGUGGGGGAGCUGGACGAGGAGGGGAUUUAUGAGGGGUACAUCGAGGACAACACACUGGAGAACUUUCUGUGUCGUAGAGAGGGACUAUUUGGUUAUUGUAAAGAUACUCCACCUCCAAAGAAAGAAGAGCUCUGAUGCUAGCAUUACUCAUAAAAAAUAAUCAUUAUUUAUAAGGGCUUUGGCAUUUGAAAAAACACAAUCUUGUAUACAUGUAUGAAGUUAUUGCCUUUUGUUUUGUGAACUCAUUUGUGUUCAGUUGUUUCUGCUUGUUUUGCUUUAUUAUGUACAGUAAAACACACUUAUAGUGAAGUGCUGGGGACAAACAAUUUUGAUUCAUUAUAAAGGUAAUUCAUCAUACCAGAUAAGUUUAUUUGUUUUACAACUGCAAGGAAUCAAGUCCACUUCACUGUAAGCAUGAAACCAUUAUAAACAUGUUCAUUGUAAGCAUGUUUUACUAUUAACAUAUUCAUUGUAACCAUGUUUUACUGUAUAUUACAAAAAAGUGGUUGGAUUUAAAUCUCAUGUGAAAGCUGUAGAAUUGGUGUUUUUCUAAGAUAAAUUCCAUUUCAUACUUAAAUGUUCAUUCUAUAAUGAAUUGAGAUCAAAAUAUAUUAAAAAGAUAUUAUAAAAGGCCAAGUACCUUCAAACUGGUUCAAUUACUAUGUGUUCAAAAUGUCAAAGAAUUGAUUAAUUUAGGUAAAUACUUCUAUUUAGCAUGUUUAAAGAGAUGCUUAAUUUAGCUUUUAUUCUAUUUGUGUAUGCUCUCCUGUGUGAUGUUUGUAUAUAUCAUAUCUACAAAAUGUAUGUUAUUCUGUUUCUGAUGAGUCGUUUGGCUCGUAGAUAAUAUUGAUUGAUUGUUUGAAUACUGUUUAACGUCCCUCUCGAGAAUCUUUCACUCAUAUGGAGACAGUGAAUGGCUGCAAAAUUUAAGCCUAUGCUCGUCGCUUACGGCCUUUGAGCAGGGAGGGAUCUUUAUCGUGCCACACCUGCUGUGACACUGGACCUCGGUUUUUGCGGUCUCAUCCGAAGGACCGCCCCAUUUAGUUGCUUCUUACGACAAGCAAGGGGGUACUGAGGAGCUAUUCUAACCCAGAUCCCCACGGGUCGAGGAUAAUAAAGAACUACAUAUAUGUAGAACUAGAACUGUAAAUGAUAAUCUACUGUUAAUGAUAAUUUUACAUUCUGUGCCUCUGUCAUUCCACUAUAGACACAACUACAAUCAUUGAUGUUGACUCAAAUGUUAUUGGAUGGUCAACACCCCAAAUGUUAUUGCAUGGUCAACACCCAUUUAAAUUUUUCUUGUACAUUUGAACUUUAUCAAUCCAGGCACUGUAAUAGUAAUAGGCCCAAGAACAAAACCAUCCCUCAAUGUUGUUAUAUAAUAUAAUGUUAUGUUUUUUGAUGGAAGAAAACACUCUACUUUUACAUUGAAUUCAAUGGAAUAUGUACUCUUCAUUCCAAUGAAAGCAUUAUUUUUUUUAUGUGCGAGUUCUAUCAUAGUACUUUACAAUUAAUUUGUGAGUUAUUUUUUGAAAUUCCCACAAUCAAAAUUUGAAAGGUUGCAUUUGUUUGUUUUUCAAUCAUCAGGCAAGUUUUCGGGUACAAAAGCCAGCAAUUUUAAUUACAACGGAGUCGUAAAAAAAUAACAAACAAUAACAUUUGUACUUUUACAAGUCUGAAUGUUGAUAAAUAAAAAGAAACAUUUUAAGAUAUAGUCUCUUUAGCCACUAUUGUGUGUAGGAGCCUUAAAAGCGCAAACAUUUUGUUUCUCAUAAAACUUUUACAUUGCGUCCUUGAGACAUGUGUAGUUUACACAACUCUUGUCCUUCAAUCAUGAGAGAUUUAUAUUUUAUACAACUCUUUCAAUGUAAAUUUAAUAAACUUCAGAGAUUUAUAUUUUAUAUAAUUUUUAUGAUGUGAUCUUAAGAAGAGAACACAACUCCAAGUGAACUUAUCUCCUCAGAGAUGAAUAUAUAUUUUUUUUUAUCAAAAAUGACGUUGGAGUGUCCUUUGUUUGUUACAUGUGUUGUGACUUGCAUGUAUAUCUUUAUAAACAUUACAAAACUACAUUGAGCCGUUCUUAGCAAAAAAGACCCUUAUCUUAUUCAACAUUUUAAAAUGUCAUAAUGAAAUAACAUGACGUCAUUUGUUUUGCACACUUGUGAUUUGAACAUAUUUUAUUGUAUGAAUAUACAAACGGAUUGGUUACAAGUUCUAGCAACUUGGAAAACCUCUCCCAUGUGUGCUUGUAAAAACCAAUCCCCAGUCAGUUUUUGAUUGACUGUAAUAUCGUAACGACAAUCAAUAUUGCUCUAAUGUAUUUGAGGGAUUGUUCUCUAUAGUUCAUACUGUAGCCCUAAAUUACUUAAGGGCCCUUUUUGCAUGGAACGGCUCAUGUAUUGAUAUCGUUAUAAACAAUGACUGCGGAAAGGGGAAUAACUCUUAAUUUGUAACAAUCUUCAUUGUGCUUCAUAUUUUUCAUCAAUUGAUGAUGUGUUGCAGCUGUUUAUGUCCAUGUAAUAAAUGAUGGAACCCAA